AAGGCUCCACUCUUCAUAACCUAAGCAUCUCCCACAGACUUCCCACUUCUAAUACCAUCAUUAUGUUUUAGUGCUUUUCUGCCUGUGUGUUUGACUGAACUUUUCUUAGUCUUAGUAUUGAUUAAUAUGAAUUUCAUUGCAAGCCAUCUGUUUUCAAUGGAGCUACACAUUUAUAUUGCUCUGUUUUGAUUUGUGGUUAAGGGGAUUGGAUGAACUACAAUCAGAUGAUGGGAAACUCUGCUUCCACCCAAACAGAGGAGGUUAAGCAGGGCUAGAACAGGGAGACUCCUGGAGUCUGCCUAGGUUAGAGAGGUAAACAGUGAAGUAUUUGUGAUUUCAUGUAGACCCGGCCAGUCAGCAGCCAAUCAAACAAGGAAUCCGAGAGGACAUGAAGGGAACUGAGAAUUAGCCUGUCAGAGAGAGGGGAAAGGGUCCAUCUGGCUCAAGCAUUAGUAAGUGUGGUGUCAGCAAGGGGUGAAUUAGCAUGGCCCCUUUGGUGUUUAGCAAGUCACUCCAGCUGGCCAGAUGCAGAAGGCUUCAAGCACACUAGGUAGCCUGGGAACACCCACUGGGGAGUGUUCACGUGUGCAUUUUACAAAAUUCUUGACAGUUAUUGGAAGAGAAUUGGAAAGGGAUAAGAAUGAAGGUAGGGAGACUAUGGCAGGAGUUCAGAAGGGAAUUUAGGAGGGCUUAAACUAAGGCCCUAGCAGUGGAAAUGGAGUGGGGGGUGGCGGCAUGAGAACUGUGUAGGCAGUGGAAUCAGCUGGUCUUAAGCGGUCUUUUGGAUGUGGAGUGGUGAGGGAAAGAGAAGUGCCCGAGACAGGUGGAUAUGAGGCUCUAUAAUUGAAGAGAGGAGUGUGGGCCAGAGAUGAGGUUCUACAAGACAGCUUGUAGGAGCCACGCAUAUAUAUGGGACUGCCCAGGGAGAGCAUGUAGAGUCACAAGAGGAGAGGUUCAAGACGGGACAGGGAGCCAGGAACAUCCAAGGGCUAGCAGGCGGGGGAGUCAGCACCUGGCCCUGAAGAAGCUAAUGCAGCAUGGUCUGAGUGGAAGAAUUCAGAUUAAAUAGAUGAGGCAUGAGGGGAGACGGGACGUGAAGACCACUUUUCCAGGACACAACUGUGAACAGGAGACAGGAUGGCGAAAGCAGUACCUGGAGGGGAAGUGUCACAUUUGAAGACGAGGGGCACUGAGGAUGAGGAAUCAACUGAAAAGUGUGAAAAUAUUGGAAAUGCAGAAUCUGUGUGGCCAAAAAUGGAAGGUCUUCACAAGGAUCAUAUGCAGGAAUCUAAGGUUGGUGAAACUUGUGAUUGGGAUAGCAAGGUAGAGAAUCAGAUGGAAAAGCCUGAGGGAAAAAGAAUGAAGGAAGACAAAAGUGGCAUCAGGGAAAAGAUUGGCAAAACCAAGAAUACAGCAAAUAUAAAGACAGAACAGGAAGAUGAGGCAUCUGAGAAAAGCUUACAUCUGAGCUCAAAACAUGUUACACACCAACCUGUCUGUAUAGAACAGAAAAGCAGUGAACAAGGCAAAUGUGUGGAGAGCAUUAAUGGAAACUCUCAUCCCAUUCUACAGCAGAAAACCAGUGCUGUUAAGAAAUCACAUAAAUGUGAUGACUGUGGGAAAUCCUUCAAAUAUAAUUCUCGACUUGUUCAACAUAAAAUUAUGCACACUGGUGAAAAACGCUAUGAGUGUGAUGACUGUGGGGGGACUUUCCGGAGCAGCUCGAGCCUUCGAGUCCACAAGCGGAUCCAUACUGGGGAGAAGCCGUACAAGUGUGAGGAAUGUGGGAAAGCCUACAUGUCCUACUCCAGCCUUAUAAACCACAAAAGCACCCAUUCUGGGGAAAAGAACUGUAAGUGUGAUGAGUGUGGAAAAUCCUUCAAUUAUAGCUCUGUUUUGGACCAGCAUAAAAGGAUCCACACUGGGGAGAAGCCCUAUGAAUGUGGUGAGUGUGGGAAGGCCUUCAGGAACAGCUCUGGUCUCAGAGUCCACAAAAGGAUCCACACAGGUGAGAAGCCCUAUGAAUGUGACAUCUGUGGGAAAACCUUCAGUAAUAGCUCUGGCCUUAGAGUCCACAAAAGGAUUCACACAGGGGAGAAGCCCUAUGAAUGUGAUGAGUGUGGGAAGGCCUUCAUUACUUGCAGAACACUUCUAAAUCAUAAAAGCAUCCACUUUGGAGAUAAACCUUAUAAAUGUGAUGAGUGUGAGAAAUCGUUUAAUUAUAGCUCUCUCCUCAUUCAGCAUAAAGUCAUCCACACUGGAGAGAAACCUUAUGAAUGUGAUGAAUGUGGAAAGGCCUUCAGGAACAGCUCAGGCCUUAUAGUGCAUAAAAGGAUCCACACAGGAGAGAAACCGUACAAAUGUGAUGUCUGUGGCAAAGCAUUCAGCUAUAGCUCAGGCCUUGCAGUCCAUAAAAGCAUUCACCCUGGGAAGAAAGCCCAUGAAUGUAAGGAGUGUGGAAAAUCAUUCAGUUAUAACUCACUUCUUCUUCAGCAUAAAACGAUUCACACUGGAGAGAGACCUUAUGUAUGUGACGUGUGUGGAAAAACUUUCAGAAACAAUUCAGGACUCAAAGUCCACAGGCGGCUUCAUACUGGGGAAAAACCAUAUAAGUGUGAUGUGUGUGGAAAAGCCUAUAUCUCACGCUCUAGCCUUAAAAACCACAAAGGAAUCCAUCUUGGGGAGAAGCCCUAUAAAUGUAGUUAUUGUGAGAAAUCCUUCAAUUACAGCUCUGCCCUUGAACAGCAUAAAAGGAUUCAUACAAGGGAGAAACCCUUUGGGUGUGAUGAGUGUGGAAAAGCCUUCAGAAAUAAUUCAGGCCUUAAAGUACAUAAACGAAUCCACACUGGGGAGAGACCUUACAAAUGUGAAGAAUGUGGGAAAGCCUACAUCUCACUCUCAAGCCUUAUAAAUCAUAAAAGUGUACACCCUGGGGAAAAGCCCUAUAAGUGUGAUGAGUGUGAAAAAGCCUUCAUCACAUACCGAACCCUUAUAAAUCACAAAAAAAUUCAUCUUGGGGAGAAGCCCUACAAAUGCGAUGUGUGUGAGAAAUCUUUUAAUUACACCUCACUCCUUUCUCAACACAGAAGGGUCCACACUAGAGAGAAACCUUAUGAAUGUGACAGGUGUGAGAAGGUCUUCAGAAACAACUCAAGCCUUAAAGUGCAUAAAAGAAUCCAUACUGGUGAGAAGCCCUAUGAAUGUGACGUGUGUGGAAAAGCGUACAUCUCACACUCAAGCCUUAUUAACCAUAAAAGUACCCACCCUGGCAAGACACCCUACACGUGUGAUGAAUGUGGAAAAGCUUUUUUCUCAAGCAGAACUCUUAUAAGCCAUAAAAGGGUCCAUCUUGGGGAGAAACCCUUCAAAUGUGUUGAGUGUGGGAAAUCUUUUAGUUACAGCUCUCUCCUUUCUCAACACAAAAGGAUCCAUACAGGGGAAAAACCCUAUGUGUGCGAUAGGUGUGGGAAGGCAUUCAGGAACAGCUCAGGCCUCACAGUGCAUAGAAGGAUCCACACAGGUGAGAAACCCUAUAGAUGUGAUGAGUGUGGGAAGGCAUACAUCUCACACUCAAGUCUUAUCAACCAUAAAGGUGUCCAUAGUGGGCAGCAGCCGUAUAAUUGUGAGUGUGGGAAAUCCUUCAAUUACAGAUCAGUCCUUGACCAACACAAAAGGAUCCACACUGGAAAGAAGCCAUACCAAUGUAACGAGUGUGGGAAGGCUUUCAAUAUCAGAUCGAAUCUCACCAAGCAUAAAAGAACCCAUAUUGGGGAGGAAUCUUUAAAUGUAACAAAUAUGGGAAGUCAUAGUAGCACAUCACAGAAGAGAACUCACGAGGGAGGGAAUGCUCUGGAUGGGACCAGGAUGAGCAUGUCUCUGUAGGAGGCAGAGCUUAUCUAGUAUUAGAGAACCCAAAUGGAAGAAAAAUCUUACAAGAGUGUCUGAGGUCCUUGUUCAUGGCUUAUAGUUUACAUAGUAUAAGUGAAACCAUGAGUAAUUUUUUUCUCUGUGAUUUUCAAUCAUAGCCAGGAAGGAAGGUUCCAGUGUCAAAGUAGUUGAGCCCUUAUGGAAUAUAAAAUAGUUCGUACUGGGGAUAAAACCUAUCAAAGUUAUGGAGUAUGAGACAACCUUCAAAAUAAGUAGAUAUUUCUGGACAUAAAAAACACAAAUGAGAAAAAGACUUCAAUUAGAAGUCUCAUAGUCACCAUCAGAAAGUUCAUAUUUGGGUAAAUUAUGUGAAUAGAAAUGUAGGAAAUUCAGGUGUAGCUUUGAAUUCCAAUUAUCCAUUGGUCAGUGGAAAAGAUCCAAGAAGGACCUCCAGUAGGCAAAUUCAGGGAGGGGCAGGCUUCAGGGAAUAUAAAUUAAUAUCAUAGUGGUCAUGAAGAAUAACUUUGAUUUAACUGAUUUGCGGGGAGUGAUGACAACUUCUGAAAUAAAAUUUGGAUUUCAUUGUAGGAAGUGUAAAAAGUGUAGACGUAUAAAUCUAACAGGAGAUAGAAGAGAGUCACUCAUAAAUAAAUUCAAGUUGAUUGGACUGUUGUAAUGUUGUGCUAUACAUUAUUGAAUGGGUGAAACUUUAAAAUUUUUCAAAUGAACCCUCUCAAUAAAUGAUGAAUGUGUGAUAAGUGAAAACCUCACACAUUAUGCUACAAAUGAAGAGUUAUACCAUGGACAGAAAUUCAGCACAUUCAAUAACUAAUGGAACACAUCUUCAACAUGAAUUUGUACCUUACACAAAAAGAAUUGAUUCAGGGAUUCCUAUGAAUAGGAAUGAUGAGAAGGAGAGCAUUUUAUUGCAAGAGCUAAAAAGCUAAGUAGCUACCAGUAAUGGAGGAAUAGGAGGAAAUUCAUGCUUCUUAACAAUCCUGUUAAAUGUUUGAUUGUGUUACUGUAAAGAUUUCAUGCACUGCGUGUGUGUAUUGUCUGUUGUAAAAUGUUGUGAAUACUUUAUUCAGGGCUCACUCUCGGCCAUGAAGAGCCAGAUAGUUGUGGCAAGGUAAGGUGAAACUCCAAUAAAGGAAUUCUUCAAAAGUAAACAGGCUGUUACAUACUUUAGGUGGAGUAUCAUACAGAGAGACCCAUUUGUUUGUCUUAUCUUUGGGGGCUAAGUUAUACCAGAUCCAAACCAAGGAGUGCCCAGGGGACUCGUCUCACAGGGCUAGUAGCUCACAUUUCAUGAGAAAUUAGAUUGUGCCUCCACCAGGAGAAGUGCAAAUUGGAUUAAUCCUCAUACUGGGGCUGGAUCAUAACCCCUGGGAGUGGACAGGCUGUGUGAGUGAGGAGUCACAACAGAGAAACAGUUCUCUUGGGAACAGAUAGAAUUUAACAAAAUAUUGUUAACUAUGUGUAAGACUGUUAACCCGAAGAGUGAAAAGCAAGUCUUCUGAGAAUUAAGUAACCUGUCUGAGAAUACUCCAGGUGGGGCUUAUCAGUAGAGAUGGAGUUGUAAGUCAGGUCUCUCUGGCUCCAAAAUCCACUCUUUACAAGAGAAUAGUCUCUGGACAGAUAGUUUUCUGAUUCUCUCUAGGAUUCCUGUUUCCAAACAUACAGUUUCCAUACCUCUCUUUAGAAGUAUUUCUUUCACUUUGCCUCCAAACAAGGUAAGUUU